UGAUGUCUUGAACGGAAGGAAUGUGGAAUUGAACCGCAAUGUCACUCACGUUGUUUCUAUGCGUGUUGAACAAUUGUUUUUUGUAAUCGCAUGUAAAUAGGUGGUAAUAUAACUAUAAAGUAAUACACCGCAGGAAAAAUUGAAUAAAAUGUCUUCAGAAAAAAGUGAAACUUCCGUCAGCAUUGAAUUCGGGGGAGGGGCAGAACUACUUUUCGAUAAAAAGAAAAAUUAUGAGGUGAACUUACCUGGUAACGACUGGACUAUACAAAGGUUACUCUUUUGGAUGAAAGAUAACCUCCUGAAGGAACGACCGGAACUUUUUCUACAAGGGGACACUGUACGACCAGGUAUCUUGGUUCUUGUAAAUUCCACAGAUUGGGAAUUAUUGGGGGAAGCGAAGUACAAAUUAUGCUCCGGUGACUCGAUACUGUUCCUAUCUACGUUACACGGCGGAUAGGAGGAAGUGAAGGGAACGAUGGCAGCGGUCAAUGAAGAGGAACCAGUUCGAGCGCGAUCCUGUCUCAGUUUGUUCGUGGAAAGCAAGAGUCUUGUAUGCUGCUGUACCUAGACGCGGCUCGCGCGAGUGGGCGCAACGUCGCGAAAUAAAAUGAUCAUUCGCACUA